AUGGAGAACAGCACACAGAGUUCAUCUAUUUCUUCAUGGAAUGAAUGUUUUGUAUUAAAGCGGAUUCGCGGAUUGGUCCCUGCUGGUUUCAAGACAGAAAUCAAAGAGUUGUCUAAACUGGCCGGACCAGUGAUACUUGCCGAGUUCAUGGUUUUUGCAGUGAGUUUUGUUAGUACUAUGUUCUGUGGCCAUCUGGGGAGGAAAGAGCUGGCAGGGGUUACUUUGGCCACAGCAGUUAUUAAUGUUACAGGUAUAUCUGUUGGAUCUGGUUUAUCAGCAGCAUGUGAUACUCUGAUUUCUCAGACCUUUGGGAGCCGCAACCUCCUGAGAGUUGGGGUUAUUCUGCAGCGGGCGAUCCUCGUUUUGAUACUGGCAUGUUUCCCCUGCUGGGCGAUCCUCAUUAACACAGAGUCCAUUCUACUGGCUGUCAGACAGGAUCCAGAGGUGGCCAGGUUGUCUCAGAUGUAUGUGAAUAUCUUUAUGCCAGCACUUCCUGCUACGUUCAUGUAUUCAUUAGAAACAAGAUAUCUGCAAAACCAGGGUAUCAUAUGGCCAGAGGUAAUCACAGGCUUUGUGGUCAAUCUUCUGAAUAUUCUUAUCAACUACAUCUUUCUUCACCCAUUAAAUCUAGGAGUAGCUGGUUCUGCUGUAGCCAACACAAUUUCCCAGUUCUCCAUGGCUGGAAUUCUCUAUGCUUAUAUCAUAUGGAAAGGUCUUCAUAAGGCAACCUGGGGAGGCUGGUCUAAAGAGUGUCUGCAGGACUGGGGCUCAUACAUCCACUUGGCCAUCCCAAGCAUGGUCAUGUUGUGUGUCGAGUGGUGGACAUUUGAGAUUGGAAGUUUUCUAGCAGGUCUAAUAAGUGAGGUGGAGCUUGGAGCUCAAUCAGUUGUGUAUGAACUGUCAACUGUUGCAUUCAUGUUCCCUCUGGGUUUCAGUAUAGCAGGCAAUGUAAGAGUUGGAAAUGCCUUGGGAGCUGGAGACACAGAGAAGGCCAAACUGUCUGCUAAACUGGCAAUGUUCUGUGCAGGUUCAGUCUCUAUAUGUUUGGCAGCUCUCUUUGGGGGCCUGAAGAACCAUAUGACUUAUGUCUUUACAAAUGAUGAACAAAUCAGGCAUAGGGCUGCUGAUGUUAUAACUUUUUUUGCUCCAAUCAUCCUUCUAGAUGCAAUAUCAAUUACCUCAAGUGGCAUUGUAAGAGGAGCAGGUAAACAGAAAAUCGGGGCUGUUUGCAGCAUUGUGGGAUAUUAUGGAAUUGGUUUUCCUACUGGAGUGUCGCUGAUGUUUGCAGCCAAAUUAGGAAUCAUAGGGUUGUGGAUAGGCUUGUUUACCUGUGUGGCUCUACAGUCCUCAUUCCUUAUUUUCUACCUUGUAAGAAUGAACUGGAAAAAAGCUACGGACGAGGCUCAACUCAGAGCGGGAGUGUGUGGGAAAUCCACCGAUGCAAAAAACUCACAGGGUCAAACAGACACAAUUAAAGAAGAGUUCUCUUACAAGAAUGUGGUUCUGCGUAGGGGCCUGGCUCUGGCUAUCAUGCUAUUCAUCCUGGCUGCUGGAAUCAUUGUGAACCUGUUGAUUGAUCUCUAA